GGUCACACUGUUUGAACUGUUGUUCAAAAUGGUGAAAUUGUUUACAACUGAAUAUUGUUAUUGAACCACAAAAUGAGCGUAGAUAUAGCCAGCACGAUUAAAUUCCGGGAUAUCUGUGGCCUGUUCGAGAAGCUAAAGGCCUCCAAGAAGGUGGCCAACAAGGAGGAGCUCCUCAAGAGCUACUACGAGUCCUUCUGCCGGCACCGCGAAUCCUUUCGCCGGCAAACCGGACUAAACGACAACCAGCCGGAGAACGGUGUCAGUAGCUUCUAUUCCGUGUUGCGACUGCUGCUGCCGGGCGCAGACACGGGUCGGGAUACCUAUGGAUUGCAAAUCACCGCGCUGGGCAGGCUCUACAUCAGGGUGCUCCAGCUACCAACGGACUCCAGCGAUGCCAUCAGACUGCAGCACCGCACCGGAAACAUGUACCGGGACUACGGUGAUGUCGUUUAUUCCGUGCUCAAGCCCAGGUGCUUUAAUCCGCCCAGCGAUUUGAGACUGAAUCACAUCCAUGAGAUGCUGGACACCAUUGCCAAUGAGGACACAGAAGUUAAGCAGCAGCAGCUCAUCCGGUUUACGGAGCAAGCCUCGCCCGAGGAGCAAAAGUGGCUAAUACGGUUGCUGCUGAAGAGCCUUGGUCUGGGGAUCGGGGAGCAGAAGAUCUUUGGUGUGUUGCAUCCCAAGGCGCAGGACAUCUACCAGCGCUGCUCCGAUCUGGGACAUGUGUGCAAUCUGCUGGCAGACCGGACCACCGACCUAGACGCCAGCACCAGCAAGGAUAGCAAAGCGGCGGUCAAGUUUGUAAACCUGAAUUCCGUCAUCCGGCCAUUCCACCAGAUACGACCCAUGCUGUGCGAACGAUUCCCGGGAGACAUCCAGGAGCUAAUGCAGUCGGAUGUGCUCUAUCUGGAGACCAAAAUGGAUGGCGAACGCUUUCAGCUGCACAUCGAUCGAGGUCGUUUCAUGUACAUUUCCCGCAAUGGAGUGGACUACACCAGGAACUUUGGUCACAGCUACGAUCACGGCACCUUGACGCCAAAGCUGAGGGGUCUUCUGCCUCUCGGCCUGGAGUCCAUCAUCCUCGACGGCGAGAUGAUGGUGUGGGACACCAAUCAGCUGCGUUUUCGGGAAAAGGGCGAGAACACGGACGUGAAGAACCUGAAGCCGGAGGGCAGCUGGCAGCCCUGUUUCGUGGUCUACGAUCUGCUGUAUUUCAAUGGCCAGAGUCUGCUGGACCAUACCUACAUUCAGCGGGCGUACAAGUUGCAGAAACUCAUUGUUGAACAGUCAGGUGUGCUGCAGUUAAUGCGUGCCCGCAAAAUCGGUUCCGUCAAAGAGUUCAACGAGCUGUUUCAGCAGGCACUCGACUCUCACGCCGAGGGCAUUGUGCUGAAGAAGCAGGGAUCCAGAUAUCAGCCUGGCGUAAGACUGGGCGGCGGCUGGUACAAGGACAAGGCUGAUUACAUCAAGGGACUGAUAACCGAGUUCGAUGUGCUGAUCAUCGGCGCAUUCUACAACCGCAAGCGCACGUUUGUGGACUCAUUUCUGCUUGGAGUUCUUCAGCCAGCGCCGCCUGGCAGCUCCAAUCGUCCCGAAGUCUUCAGUAUUGGUGUGGUUGCCAACAAUACGAAACAGCGCGCAGUGCUAAAUCACACUCUGAAACCGCAUUGGCAUGAUGUAGUCAAUGAGCCGCCGCCACUGUGGUAUCACUACAAGCCCAAAGAUCGGUCCGGAUGCCCCGAUCUGUGGAUCGAACCGCACAACUCGGUCAUUUUGCAGGUGAAGGCUGCCGACCUGGCGCCAAAUGGAGCGUUUUUCACCCGAAAAUCGUUGCACUUUCCGCGCACUGAGAUGAAACGAGAUGAUAAGCCCUGGAACGAGUGCAUGACACUUAAGGAGUUUAACGAUCUAUGCAACGGUUCCUUGGCCAUCAAGAAGUUAAACAAGCGGCAGCUGCGACUGGAGGAUGUGACCACCAAGCGGAAGCAGAUGCGGAUGACGCCCUCUGAGCGAAGUCGACUGGCAUUGGCCGUCUAUGAGAAGCGCUAUGUCGCGGACCCCUCCACUAGCAGUUCCAAACUCUUCGACGGUCUGAGCUUUUGCAUUCUGAGCGGAUCUGCCGGACGACACAGCAAGCAUCAGCUGCAGGAGCUGGCCGUCAAAAACGGUGGCUGCAUCGUGGAGAAUCCCCUGCCCAACGAUCCGAAGUGCUUUUGCAUCGCAGGCGAUGAGACGUUUUUAGUUAGGCGGCUCAUCCUUCAAAAGCCACGCACCUGUGACAUUGUGCGCAUGGAGUGGCUACUGAGGGUCUGCCAGAAGCAGGAGCUUGAACUGCGGCCUAGGGAUAUUAUAGCGGCCACUGAGCCACUGCAGCAGGAUCUGGCUGAGUGUUUUGACCGGCACGGUGAUAGCUACAGUAAAGACAUCGCCAACGUGCAGGAGCUGCAGGACCUGCUGCAAGACAUUCAUUUGACAGCUGAUAACGUGGUUGGCAUAAGCGCAUCUAAAGUAAAUGCACUUGAGGAUCGGCUUCUGGAUGGAAAAAAGAACCUCAACAUGUUCCGGCAUCUUCAUGCGUAUUUCUACAGUCCGCAAGGCGAUGAAUUAGCCAGGCUUUUGUUUAUGCAAAACGGCGGCCGGAUAGUCGACGAUUCCGACCCGCAACUUAAUCUUGGUUUCAUCUGUAUGUCUUCCGACAUAGAUAACGACCACUUUGAGCACUGGCUGCACAAUCAUUCAAAGUUGAGCGCUGACAAGGUCGUAAACUCGGCAUGGAUCCAUCAGUCGCAUCGUGAAGGCCUCCUACUUCCUAUGCAGUGUUUCGUCUAAGUCGAUGAGUUUGUUAAGGAUUUAUUAUUUUGUUAAAAAUUACUUGUUAUUCUUGUUAUAAAAUUGUAUCUACCUAAAUAUAUAAGCCCAUAUUGACCCUUUUAUACAUGUAAAAUAAGUUGCUUCAAUAAAGUCAAAUAUGGACUGGAAGUAAGUA